AGUGUCUCCAACCAACAACGUGAAAAAAAACCCACUUCUGAGAACCCGAUUAAUCCUCAUGUUGGACUUUGGAAAUAGUUACUGAAGAGCCGAAAGCGUCUGAGGUUGCAGGUACUUCCAUGGGUAGUGUUACGAGUCUAGUGAGAGCUUAAAGUUUUCUGCACCGUGAACAUGAAAAAAACACUCUUGAAAACUAGACUCAUUCUCUUUGUGGCCUUUGGAAGUUGUUGUGGGACCCGAAAGCGAGACUCCUGGACAGGGAUGAGACGGGGCAGCGGCUGAGUGGGUGAGGGAGUGAGAGGGAGAGAGAUCUACACCCAGUCAGUAAGCGGGGAGCGUGCCCGCCGCCAGGACGGUUAGAGCAGGUUGUCGGGCGUGGCUGGGUGCUGGUGGGUGACUGGUAGCCUGCCGACCUGCCUAUCCACUACCUACCUAACCUGCAUCCAACCCUUUACUCCCGGCUGGUUGAUUGGCCUCGCUCACCUGUGUUUUGGAUCCGUUGUGAAGGACUCGUUCUGAAAUAUAGACGCUUGAAAUAUGUAUAAGGAAACUAAGAUAAAAGACUUUGAAGGUAAAAUAACAAGUGUAAGAACGUAAACUAAAGGAAUAUAUAGAGAGUGUGUGAAGCUAUCCCUGAAAUUUGACGGAAAACAAAGACAUAUAAACUAAACAGAAGAGAAAACUUAAGGAAAAGAAACAAAUGUGAAUAGUAAACCAAUACGAGAUUAAUAAGUGAUAUAAAAAUACUCAUAAAAGUGGUUGAAAAAUAAGAAAAAGACAGAAUGAAGGAGUAAAAUAUGGUGUUAAUAAGUGCUAUAUAGAUACUCAUAAAAGUGAAAAAUUGGAAAACGUGGAAAAUUGAAGUAAAAAAAGCGAGAGAGAGAAAAUAAAUUGAGGUAAAGGAGCAAGUAAAAAUAGCAAUAAAAUGCGAUAUCGAUAAGUGAGAAUUUUAAAAGUUGCUGAAAAAAUAAAAUAAAAAAGAGAAAAAGAGAAAAAAAGAAAAAAAUAAAAGAAAAUAAAGAGAAAAACAGAAAAUAGAAAAAAAAAUAAGGAAGAGAAAAACAUAAAAAAUAAGAAAAGUAUAACAUAGAGUGAACAAGUAAAAUAAACAGAAUCAAAGGUGGAAAAUAGAAAAAAAAGAAAUAAAAAAACUCAUAAUUAAAGAUAUGUAGACUGACUUUAUAAUCGUGUUUGAUCCUAUUAAAGACAAACAGAGGGAUCGAAUACCACUUAACUGUAUACGUUGAACAAACAAACACCGAAGAUUACAAACACACACACACACACACACACACACACACACACGCGCACGCACAAACACAGGCAUGAUGUAAGCCGUAUGUGCGUGCGUGCGUGUGUACCUCCUCCUUAAACCACAGAAGAGGAAAAUAAGAGGAGACUGCAAGAGGAACACGUAGGAAUCAAGAGGAAGGUGCGAGGAGGAGGAGGAGGAGGAGGAAGAGGUGGAAGAGGUGGAAGAGGUGGGUACAGGUCUUAGUUAUGGCUCUCACCGUGACCUUGAAGAACGACCACCACCACCACCACCAUCACCACCACCACCACCUCUUAACUCCACCAUGAUGGCUACCACCUCCCUUCCGAGUCUCGCUUACUCCCCGAUGGAGGAGUUGGUGAACCAGUCCUACUACCCGUGCCACCAGGACCCGCGGAUCACCACCAACUUCUCCCAGUACGAAUACACCUACCGCAUUAAGACCUGGGUCCCCUUCACCUGGCGGGAGGUACUCAAGGUCUUGGCCUACCUCGUGGUGUUCCUGGUGUCCCUCAUCGGUAACCUGCUGGUGAUCCUGGUGGUAUGCUACAACAGACACAUGCGGACCUCUACCAACCAGUACCUCGUGAACCUGGCGGCGGCGGACCUGCUGGUAACGCUCGUCUGCAUGUGGGUGCAUAUCGUGAGGCACUUGUCCCACCCCCACUACGUGUUGCCGGCGCUGGUCUGCAAACUGGACGGCUUCGUGCAGACCACCACCCUCCUGGCCAGCGUGCUCACCCUCACCGUGAUCAGCGUGGGUCGCUUCGUGGCUGUCAUGUUCCCGCUCCACGCCCGCACCUCGCCGGACCGGGCCAACAGGGUGAUAGCGACAGUGUGGGUUGCCUCCGCGGUUCUGGCCUGCCCCACGCUCUUCUAUCGCGAGCUGUACAGUAUUGAGUGGGCGAACUUCACCACUUGGCAGUGUGAUGAGUUUUUCCCCACCGAGAAAGAGUUCGUGGAAGGCGUGGGUUGCGUGGUCACCUACGACGCCAAGCAGCUCUUCUACACCAUCCUCAACAUCGCCCUCUACUUCCUCCCCGUGGCCAUCAUGAUCAUUAACUACAGCCUGGUGGUGUGGACGCUGUGGGGCGCCAAGCAGCCGGGGGAACACCAUUCGGUCGCCACUCGGAACAUGGCGACGAGGGCGAAGAAGAGGGUUGUGAAGAUGGUGACGGUGGUCCUCGUGGUCUUCGUCAUCUGCUGGACGCCUCUGCAGACCCUUAUCCUCUACACCAGCUUCAGUCAGGAGGACAAUCUGCAGGAGUGGUUCUCGACACUGGAGUUCGCGGCGUACUUCGUGGCCUACUCCAACUCGGCGCUCAACCCCAUCAUCUAUUGCGGCUUCAACGCGAGCUUCAGGCAGGGACUCGUGGCGCUGCUCACCUGCCGCCACGCCACCACGGGAAGGAUCUACCACCGACGUCAGCGCUUGGGCCUCACCGGGGGCACGCGGGACACUACAGUAGGACCCGAACCCGCCGUCCUGCUCGAACUCAGCUCCCUCAGACGGAACAGAGUCAACCACCGCUGUUCUCUCACGCCCUCUCACAGCGGACGCCUCGUGGUCACAGGCUCCAACAGGGACCAGCGCCACAAUGACCUCUGCGACCCAGGGCAUGACAACGGCUGCAAGGUGUGCGACAGUAUAGCAGCGUCCCCUCUUCACCCCGGCCCGGCUCUCCACCACCACCACCUCCUCAACAAGAGCGACUUCUCCUUGGGUGGACAGAACGGGGGGAAACUCAGCACCCAGGCCUCUUCGUCGUCGGGGGACAGCGUGGGGCGUGACGGCGUGUGUGGCUGCUGCAGAAGGCACGGCAGAAAGCGAUCCCGUCUCCCCCUGUACAACGAGAAUGAUAUAUAUAAUGUAAACCAUCUCCCCGAGGGUCUCAGUGCAAAGGAUGCCAAAGAAGAUAUUGUGUAGGGUUGGAUUUCAUGUGUUCUCACUCUCCCAUUCAUUCGUCUAUACUUGCAUUCGUGUUUGAUUAUAUUUUUUUUACAUUCCUGAUACUUCACAUGCAUUCAUACGUAUAUACACACGACUACAGACAACCCAUACAUAUUUAGACGUAGUUAUACAUUCAUAUAUACAUUGCAUACAUUCAUACAUGCAUAAACACACAUACAUACAAUUCAUAUAUUUUUUCGUGCAUUUAUACAUUCCUAAAUACACUAUACAUACAUUUAUACAGAUAUACAUAUAGUCCAUACCUAUUUACAUAUAUCUAUACAUUCCUAUAUACAAUACAUGCACACAUACAUACAUGCACACAUAUACACUGGGGCUCAAACACACACACACACACACACACACACACACACACACACACACACACACACACACACACACACACACACACACACACACACACACACACAUUAUUACCCUUUUUCUAAUUCCUUCUACAUCAUUCCUCUCAUCCUCAACCAAAGUCAAGUGUGUGUACGACUUUUAAGACUAAUUAUGUACACACAUCAUUACAAAGUGUAUAUGUGUUCGUAUCCAAGCCAAACCUAUCCUGCGGGCAUGUACGUGAAUGUUAACUUAUAUUAUGUGUGUGUAUAACUUAUGUGUACGUGAAAAACCCCACACACCUCCUGCACGGGCUAUAAGGAAAUACUGGACACCUCUUGCUCAGAUAUAUACCCUGAACUUCUCGUCUUGUGGGCAUUAUGUAUACGUCAUGUUUUAUAGGGGCACCGAGUAGUGUUCCCUUAUAGCCUGUACGCAAUUGUUCCAUUCAGUCGUGUAGAUGUAGAUAAAAGAACUAAAAAAUACAAACAAAAGCACCUAUCCUUACUUGUGUUGCCGAGACUGUGUGACGCCGGGCUCAAAAUGGAUGUAAAUAUAUUUUUUUUCCCACUCUCUCGAAGACUUUUUUUUUUUUUUUUCAAUGCGACGCAAGCCAGAGAUAUGUGAAGCAGCUACAUACAUACAUACAUACAUACAUAGGACAUACAUACAUACAUACAGACAGACAGGCAGAUAGAUAUACAGACAGAGAGACAGACAAACAAACAUAUAUAUACGUACCACAAGACCAGCAUAACCUGAGCAUACCGAAGCACACCCUCCUGGUCAACCUUCCCCUGCAGUGUAUUGUUCCUUUCUUACACACGAAAAUAAAACUUGUGUCGUG